UUUCACAACUUCCAAUCCAAACCCAAUUAAAACUCGCACAUGUGUUUUUGUUUCGAUCCGUUCGGUUUACCAAAAUGGAUCAUGCACCGGAUAUUUCCAAUAUUUUAUUGAAAAUUAGCAGCGAAAGUAGAGCUGCAGCGGCUUCCGCACAAAGUGAUAAGAGUGAUACCGGAAAGGAGAAAAAUAAACCGCCGACCACAGCAUCUAAAAAGCAUGCGAAGCCUCCAAAGCCGGAACACGACAUUCCUCGGGGUCAACCGAAGUCCGGUCGAAUAUGGAAAACUCAAAAAGAACGGUUUGCGACGGUUCGGAAGUCGGUCAAGGGAAAGCCACAGGCGAAGCAUUUUGCCUAUCGUGAAGAGAUGAAGCAGAUCAAGGCGCUCUCUCGAUCUAUCAAGGAAGAGCGCAAACAGCAGGACGUGGAGAAGAGAGAACGGCGCGACGAAAACAAACGGCGUCGGAUGGAGAACGAGAAGAAAUCGGAAAUUGUUCAAAUUAUUAAAAAUCCCGCCAAACUGAAGCGGAUGCGCAAGAAACAACUUAGACAGAUUGAAAAACGGGACCUAAGUAAAAUAAAAGUAGUUUAGCUGAGUAGAAA